ACUCGACUCCUCAAUCGACAUGCCUCCCAAGUUGAACCACACGUCUAACCAUCACACGUCUGAUCCGGACAAUGAAGUCGUCUGUCCGAUCAAGUCUGCUGAUGGCAGCAACUGUCGCAAGAAAUGCUUGGGCGAGAAGCGUUUCCGCUCGAUGCAGGAGCACAUCCGACGAGCGCAUCCGGAAUAUUACAUUCCCAAGCUGCCGGCAACCAAGGAGAGCUUCGACUUAAUGGUCAACUCGCCGCCGUCUGAACGGCCUCCUCGAGUAGAGCUAUGGUCGCCGACGUCUGCCCCACGCCAACCGCGAUCACAGCCUGCAGAUCACCACCACAACGACCAGUAUGCAGUUGGAGGACCCUCUGCAGGUGUGUUCAAUGCGCCCAUGAGCGUUGCAUAUGACGGGCUGAGCUCAUAUGGAUUUCAAGGCGGGCUGGGCCCCGUUCAGAUAGCCCCCGACGGCUACGGCCUGCCGGCAGAGUACCGACGGGGCUCCCUUAUNCCAGCUGCGAGCGCGGCUGCCGCCCUGGCACAGCUACACUAUGCUCGACCAGACGGAGAAUGGGACAAUGAUCAAGUAGGCCCUGACUGCGCUGAUGACGCUGCUCCGAGCGCUAAGUACAUGCGUCAGAACUAUUUCAACGACCAUGUGACCGACGCAAAGAGAGCUCACAUGGUAGAUCCCACGCUCUCGGCCGGCCAGCAAUUCCUCGAUAGCCAAUACCAAGAAGAUCAGAGCCACCCCUCGGGCCUGUCGCUGCUCAAGUCGCCCUCGAGUCGCCAGAACACCCUUCCCCCCAUGCAGCGCUCCAUCUCCCAUAGCUCACAUAAGAACUCGCUGACACAGAGUGCCCGCAAAGCAAAGCACGAGAGAGACAAGAUCAAGAACGAGAACCGCAAGGCCCUCAGCGCCGAACCUAACAUGUACGGCAAGAGAUGGGAAGACUUGAUAGACGCUGCGACGUCUGCCACUGAGGAAGAUCGGGACCUCACACCUGUGCUCGGUGCACGCACACCACUUGCGCCCUUCGCUCUCGGCUCUCAGUUCCAAUCAUAUACUGCAUCGCCUCUACAACAAACCCUCACACCUCCUCCCGCCGACGCAGAUGGACCACCCCUAGACCUGGGGCCAUUCCCCUCUGUCGAAGACAACGCCGUCUCAUCCUCUAUCGACUCCAACCAAUCAGGCAACAACUUUCACAUCAUGCCGUCGCAAAACCUCUCUUCAGAUUCAUCACCCAUGUUCUCGAACCCCGUCCAGAUAUAUUGUGCAGGCUGUAGGAGGCUUAGCAUACUCAAGGAGUGUUUCGCUUGCACCGAAUGCAUCUGCGGCCUGUGCACGGGUUGUGUCGAAGCACUCAUGUCAGAACAAUCCCGCGGACGCAUAGCACAAUGUCCACGCUGUCGCACAAUGAGCGGACGAUUCAAACAGUUCCAGCUCGACAUACGC